AUCUAAAAAUCAAAUAAAGGGUCGUUUUGAUUUUUGACUUAGAACACCAAUACACUGUUUUUCCAACUCUCUCAUACUGACUUGAGUUAAUUGCAUUUCAACUUAUUUCGAGGAAGUUGCAAGGAAAUCGUAUAUCAUCUUUGGGACCUUGCUUUUUGAAAAACAAACUAACUUUUUAUUCUAAAUUACACAGCCUAGUGGCUCAAAAAUGAUUGCAAGUGUUGGAUCCUAAUUGGCAUGACCAUUGCAACUCUCUAAGCAAAUGGAUAGGUUGCUAUUGCUGUAAGUUAAUGCCAAAGUCAACCCAUGCUUCUUCUUUCUUAUUCUCUUCCAAUUGUUAAUCCGAUGGCAGUGUUUAUGUUUUUGAAUAGAAUCUCGGUUUAAGAGCAAAUGGGUUGUGAUUAAUUAGCAAAACCAUUUGUUCGGUGGAAAGAAAGAUCAACCUUGUAAGAUGGCUCAGCCUGUGGUGACCUUCAUAGUGCAAAGUAUUGGUGAUUUGCUCAUUCAAGAAGGACUGUUCUUAUAUGGGGUGGAAGACAAAGUGUUGCAGCUGAGAACUGAAUUGAGGAGGAUGCAGUCUUACUUGCAAGAUGCAGAUAGAAGGCAAGAAGAAAAUGAAAGCCUCAGGAAUUGGAUUUCAGAAAUCAGAGAGGCUGCUUAUGAUUCUGAUGAUGUUAUUGAGGCACAUGCCCUCAGAGGAGCCUCAAGAAGAAAUAUGAUGGAUGGUGUAUUGAACCUCAUCAAAAGGUAUGCUUUGAUCAUCCACAGGCUCAUAGAAAUCCACCAAGUGGGAUCUCAGGUUGAUGAUAUCAUAGCUAGGAUUUCUAGCCUCACAGUUUGUCUGCAAACUUAUGGUAUAAAACCUGAGAUAGGAGAAGCCCCAAAUUCUGUGCAUGGGCGGCAAAGAGCAUUGAGGAGGUCUUACUCUCAUAUUAUUGAAGAGGACAUAAUUGGUGUGGAAGAUGAUGUCAAGAUUUUGCAGUCAUGUUUGCUCAACCCCAACAAAGGCUAUAGAGUAGUAGCCAUUUGUGGAAUGGGGGGUUUAGGGAAAACAACAUUGGCUAAAAAGGUAUAUCAUAGUACUAAUGUGAGGCACCAUUUUGAGGGCUUGGCUUGGGCUUACAUAUCACAACAUUGCCAAGCAAGGGAUGUGUGGGAAGGGAUUUUGUUUAAGCUGAUCUCUCCUUCCAAAGAGCUAAGAGAGGAACUAGUCAACAUGAGAGAUGAGGAGAUUGCAAGCAUGCUUUACCAAGUUCAAGUGGAGAAGAGUUGCUUAGUAGUCCUUGAUGAUAUUUGGAGUGCAGAUACUUGGAACAAACUGAGUCCUGCAUUCCCACAUGGGAGAUCCCUAUCAGUAAUGGGUAGCAAAAUAUUGCUCACUACUAGAAAUAUUGAUGUUGCAUUACAAAUGGAUCCCAGUUGUUAUCUUCAUACACCAAGAUGUUUGAAUGAAGAUGACAGCUGGGAAUUGUUCCAAAAGAAAGCAUUUACAAAAGUUGAUGAUCCAGACUUCAGAACAAGCACAGAGAUGGAGAAGCUAGGGAGGGAAAUGGUUGGAAGAUGUGGAGGUUUACCAUUGGCCAUCAUUGUGCUUGGAGGACUGUUAGCUUCAAAGCCUACAUUCUAUGAAUGGGACACAGUGCGUCAGAACAUCAAUGCAUAUUUGAGGAGAGCAAAAGGCCAAGAACAACGCUUAGGAGUGUCUGAGGUGCUAGCUUUGAGCUAUUAUGAAUUGCCAUACCAAUUGAAGCCAUGCUUCUUGCACUUAGCCCAUUUCCCAGAAAAUCUAGAGAUACCAACAAAGAAAUUAAUAAGAAUAUGGGUGGCUGAGGGUAUUAUAUCAUUGGUUCAGGAUGAAGGGGAAGGCGAGGAAGCUCUUGAGGAUGUGGCACAACGGUACUUGACUGAGCUAGUGGAGAGGUGUAUGAUUCAAGUGGUAGAAAAGAGCUCAACCGGAAGAAUAAGAACUUGCCAAAUGCACAACCUCAUGAGGGACCUGUGUGUUUCUAAGGCAUAUCAGGAGAACUUUCUUGAGGUGUUUAAUUCAUGGAAUGUAGUUGAAACUAGAGGGGCAUCAAGAGCAAUGCCAACAGGGAAAGUUCGUAGGCUUGCCUUAUAUCUUGAUCAAGAUGUUGAUAGGUUCUUCCCUUCACACUUGAAAAGCCACCGCCAUCUAAGGUCUCUACUUUGCUACCAUGAAAAAACAGCUAGGCUAAGUGAAUGGGGGUUGAUGAAGCCAGUUUUCAACAAAUGUAGGUUACUUAGAGUCUUGAACUUGGAGGGAAUACAGGGUCAGAGAGGGAAGUUACCAAAAGAAAUUGGCUACUUGAUUCACCUAAGGUUUCUCAGUCUUCGAAAUACAAAAGUUGAUGAGUUGCCCCCAUCAAUAGGCAAUUUGAAGUGCUUGCAGACCCUGGAUCUUCUCACUGGGAAUUCAACUGUUCAAAUACCAAAUGUGAUAGGGAACAUGCACAAAUUAAGACAUUUGUAUCUACCAGAGUCUUGUGGUGAUAGCACUGAAAGAUGGAAACUUGACAGCCUGAAAAACUUGCAGACCUUGGUUAACUUCCCUUCUGAGAAGUGUGGGGUAAGAGACCUCAUGAAAUUAACCAAUUUAAGAAAAUUGGUGAUAGAUGAUCCUAAAUUUGGAGAUAUCUUCAGGUCUCCUAAUGUGACAUUCAGCCACCUAGCAUCAUUGUUUUUUGUUUGCUCUGAGGAUAUAUCAACUGUCCAUGUUGUAGUAGGAUGUCCCAAUCUUUACAAACUGCACAUAGAGGGGCCUAUAAAGAAUUUUCCUGAACACCACCAAAUUUCUUCCAAGCUAGCCAAGCUAAAGUUGCAAGGUUCUGAACUUCUUGUAGAUCCAAUGCCAACAUUAGAGAAGCUACCCAAUUUAAGGUUGCUUGAGUUAGAACUUGAUUCAUUCAUGGGAAAGCAACUAGUUUGUUCUAGCAAAGGUUUCCCUCAGCUUAAGUCUCUUCUUAUCUAUGACUUGCCCAAUCUUGAAGAAUGGAAGUUGGAUAAAGGAGCCAUGCCUAGUCUUAGCAAACUUGAGAUUUCAAAUUGCACUAAGCUUGACAAGGUUCCAGAUGGACUCAGGUUUAUCACCACUCUUCAGGAUUUUGAGAUCAGAUCAAUGUUUGCAGCAUUCAGAACAAGACUUGAAAAAGGAGGAGAGGAUCAUUACAAAGUCCAACAUGUGCCAUCCAUGGUGUUUUCUUAUUGUGACUAUUAGAUUACAUGCUCCUUGCUAAAUGAAAUUUCACAUUACAAUUAUAUAUAUAUAUUUUUUUCAUGUUUCUGUUUAUGUAAGGUGCUAUGAGUCCGAGAUAGUGUCUGAAUUAAUUAGUUCGUCCAUAUACAAUAAUUUUCUUCUAAACUAAGAGGAAUUC